GACCCAACUAUUUGCAGUUGCUUGACUGGAUUCAUACCUAAAUCACAACAGGGUUGGGAAAUCCAUGAUUGGACUGGUGGAUGUGUUAGGAAACAUCCACUAAAUUGUUCAAAAGGAGAAGGUUUCUUGGAACUAAAAGGCGUUAAAGUUCCAGAUCAUUGGUUGAUUUGGAUUAACACCGGGUAUGUCCCUGAAGGAAUGUCAAGCAGAGUGCUUGAAGAAUUGUUCUUGCACGGCAUAUGCUAAUUCAAAUGUUUCGGGGCAGGGAAGUGGCUGCCUAAUAUGGCAUGGGGAUUUGAUUGACGUAAGGCAACUAGUAAGACCAAGUGCUCAAAACCUCUAUAUUCGUGUUGCAGCUUCUGAUCUAGGCCCAAAGAAAAGAAACAAGGUCAUCUUGGUUGUGUUAACUUCCUCAUUAUCUUUGACAGUGAUGUUUUCAGUUUGCUGUAUCAUCCUACUUAAGAGAGCACAUAUACAAGCUGGAAAGGUAAAACUGCAGCGCUGGUCUAAAGACAUGGAAGACCUGGAAUUGCCAACUUUUGAGAUAAUGAGUGUUGCAAAAGCAACUAAUAACUUUUCAGAGUCUAACAAGCUCGGAGAGGGUGGUUUUGGCCCUGUUUUUAAGGGUCAGAUUCCAACUGGUCAAGAAAUUGCAGUGAAGAGGCUCUCUGUAGAUUCCAAUCAAGGACUGAUUGAGUUCAAAAAUGAAGUUAAAUUGAUUUCUAAGCUUCAACAUCGGAAUCUGGUUAAACUUUUGGGAUGCUGCAUUCAAGGAGAAGAGAGGAUGCUGAUUUAUGAAUACAUGCAUAACAAAAGCUUGGAUUACUAUAUUUAUGAUAGUACAAGAAGGCAUUCACUAACGUGGACGAGGCUCCUUGACAUUAUUAUUGGAAUUGCUCGAGGGCUUCUCUAUCUUCAUCGAGAUUCAAGAUUGAGAAUAGUUCAUAGGGAUCUGAAAGCUAGCAAUAUUCUUCUCGACAGAGAGAUGAAUCCUAAAAUUUCAGAUUUUGGCAUUGCUAGAACUUUUGGAGGAGAUCAGAGUUGCGAAAGAACAGGAAGGGUUGUUGGCACUUAUGGUUACAUGUCUCCCGAAUACGUUGUAAAUGGACUAUACUCAAUGAAAUCAGAUGUCUUCAGCCUUGGAGUAUUGAUCCUGGAAAUUAUCAGUGGCAGAAAGAACAGAGGUUUUUGCCAUCCAGACCACAACCUUAACCUACUCGGACAUGCAUGGAAACUCUGGCAUGAUGGGAAUGCCUCUCAACUAAUAGAUGAGCUAAUGGAAGAAUCAUUUCCCAUGUCUGAGGUAGAAAAAUGCAUUCAAGUUGGCCUCUUGUGUGUUCAGCGACGCCCUGAAGAUAGACCUACCAUGUCCGAUGUACUAUUGAUGUUGGAUGGUGAGAGCACCAUCCUUCCCCAACCUAAGACGCCUGGUUUCUAUAUGGAAAGGUGUGGAGAUGAGAGACUAGAUUUGCUAGGUGAAGAAUGCCCUACCACAAAUGAUGUAACUAUCACUGUAGUUGAGGGUCGACUUACUUCCCACUCGAUCAGCUCGCGUAUUCAACGGCCAUUCAUGUAUUCUGAUCUUCAUAUGAAGAUCAUUAUCAUAUUUCCGGUUUUCUACUGCACAGUAGGAUUCAUACUUUCUGUUGUCAGGGCAACUGAUAUCUUAGCUGCAUCUGAGACUAUAACUGAUGGCCUGACAUUGGUAUCUGCUACAAAUAGAUUUGAGUUUGGCUUCUUCAGUCCUCCAAAUUCAAGAAAGAGAUACCUAGGAAUAUGGUGCCAUGGAAUGACCCCACAGACCAUUGUGUGGGUGGCAAACAGAAAUAGCUCUCUCAAUGACUCGUUAGGGGCUGUCAGCAUUGUUAAAGAUGGAAACUUGAUCCUUCGAGACGGUACAGGAAAAACAGUUUGGUCUACUGAUAUUCAGGAGAUAUCCUCAAGUGGGACUGUUUUGCAGCUCUUGGACUCUGGGAAUCUUGUUCUGAGACAUGAUGACAAAGAAAAUGAUGAAGGGUACAUCUGGCAAAGCUUUGAUAAUUUCACUGAUACUUGGCUUCCAGGGAUGAAAUUAGGGAGAGAUUCCAGGACUGGCCUAAAUCGAAAAUUGACAUCCUGGAAGAGUAUGGAUGAUCCAUCCUCAGGGCAAUUUACAUAUGGCAUCAGCGGUACUGGACGUCCCCUGGAGGUUCAACUCUGGAAAGGUAAUUCUCUACAGUUUCGAACUGGACCUUUCAAUGGUGUUGGCUUUAGUGGAGUUAUUUCCAUACCACCGCCAAUACCUGCAGUCUUCAACCCAACAAUCUUUGUCAACACAAAUGAGGUUUACUAUGAGGUUCCUGACAGUAGUCCACUUCUCGUAAGGAUUGUGGUCAGCUACUCUGGGGAAAUCUAUUUCUAUUUAUGGAACAGCAGCAGCAGCCUAGAAUGGAUAGUCAUCUAUAGUAUUCCUAUUGACUCUUGUGAUAAUUAUGGCUAUUGUGGUACCAACAGUAUUUGCACCAUAAAUGAUCCUUUUCGCUGCAGCUGCUUGACUGGCUACGUGCCCAAGUCACCUCAGGAUUGGGGAAUUGGCAUACGGUCCAAUGGAUGCCUUAGGAAACAACCUCUAAAUUGUUCGAAGGGAGAAGGUUUUGUGGAGGUAAAGGGCGUAAAGGUUCCCGAUCAUUCGCUGGAUUGGACGGACAGCAGUGCAACUCUCAAGGAAUGUGAAGAGGAGUGUUUGAAGAAUUGCACUUGUACUGCAUAUGCCAAUUCAAACGUUUCAGGGAGGGGAAGUGGUUGCUUCUUCUGGUAUGGGGAUUUGAUUGAUAUAAGGCGAUUAGCUACCCCAAGCAAUCAAAAUAUUUAUAUUCGUGUAGAAGCUGCGGAACUAGGCUCUAACGAAAGGAAAAAGAUCAUUCUAGUCGUGGUGCCUUGUUCAGUUGUUCUGGCCUUGCUAGUUUUGACUUUUUGGUUCAUCCUGUUCAAGAGAUCACGGAGACGAGGGCUAAAACCACAGCUUCAUUCUGAAGUAAUGGAAGACCUAUCAUUACCGACUUUUGAGAUGAUGACCAUUGCAAAGGCAACCAACAACUUUUCUAACUCAAACAAGAUUGGAGUAGGUGGUUUCGGACCAGUUUAUAAGGGUCAGCUGCCAACAGGACAAGAGAUUGCAGUAAAGAGGCUUUCGAUAGAUUCCAAUCAAGGACUUGCUGAAUUUAAAAAUGAAGUCAUCGUGAUCUCCAAACUUCAACAUCGCAACCUGGUUAAACUUUUGGGAUGCUGCAUUCAAGGAGAAGAGAGGAUGCUAAUUUAUGAGUAUAUGCCCAGUAAAAGCCUGGACAUCUACAUAUACGAUAGCACGAGAAGAAAGUUGCUAACAUGGACAUGCCGUUUUGACAUUAUAACUGGGAUUGCUAGAGGGCUCAUUUACCUGCAUCGAGAUUCAAGAUUGAGAAUAAUCCACAGGGAUUUAAAAGCUAGCAAUAUCCUCCUAGACAGAGAGAUGAAUCCUAAAAUUUCAGAUUUCGGCAUUGCUAGAGCUUUCGGAGGCGAUCAGAGUCCGGAAAAAACAACAAGGGUUAUUGGCACUUAUGGCUACAUGUCUCCUGAGUACGUCACACAAGGGCUAUAUUCAACAAAAUCCGAUGUGUUUAGCUUUGGAGUGCUAGUCCUUGAAAUUGUGAGCGGCAGAAAGAACAGAGACUUUCACCAUCCAGAGCACAACCAUAACUUACUUGGUCACGCAUGGAAACUCUGGAGUGAAGGGAAUGCCUGUCAACUGAUAGAUGAGGUAAUGGAAGAAUCUUUCUCGGUAUCAGAGGUGGAGAGAUGCAUACAAGUUGGCCUCCUGUGCGGGCAGCGGUACCCUGAGGACAGGCCAACCAUGUCCAUUGCACUGUCCAUGUUAAAUAGUGAGACUGCUCUACUUCCCCAGCCUAAGCGGCCAGGUUUCUAUUCGGAGAGGACUGCAAAUGAAACAGAAGAUUCAAUGGACAAACAACAACAACAACACCCUGUUACAAAUGACAUCACUAUAACUCUGUCGGAGGGCAGGUAG